AUGGCUGGUAUGGGCUCUUCCAACGGUGACAAAUUCGACGAGAUAACGGUGAAGGCCAUACGAAACGAAAUGACCAAAUAUAUACGACAUCUUGACGCAACCGUCGGAAAGCUGAAACGACUACCUAAUCUCGAGGAUAAGUACAAUGAAUUAAAAAACGAGAUAUGGUAUAUGAUGUGCAAACAAUGCAGAUCGAAAACGCUUCAUUUAUCAAGUGAAAAAUUGAAUAAGAUUGGAACGGCAAUAUCACAUCCGCUAAAUGAAACAGAUACAGACAGAGUUGAUGAGCUCAACCAUGAAAUAAAGAUAUUAAGGGAGAGAAUAAAGAAGAAAGACGAGAAAAUUGAAGAAAUGGAGGAAGAAAAGAAAGCCACUUACAAAACUUGCAAAAGGGAUUACACUAAAGCCACAAAAAGGAAAUACGACAACGAGGAGACGCAGGAUGAAUUUCAAGUUCAAGAGGAUAGGAAGGAAGCCCUCAACGAAUUUAAUGAGGAAAAUGAGGAGCAUAGCAGCAAUAUAUCUGAAAUGUCCCAACUUCAAACGGAGAAACAGGCAUCACAGAACGAGAAAGACUCCCUCAACAGGACCAACGAGGAGAUGGCAUCCAUAGAGGAAGGCCUACAGCGCGAAAUUGACAAUCUUACACGACAACUCGAUGACACCAAGGCUGAGCUAAAUACCAUUAAAAAGAAAAACGAAGAAUAUGUUAGAGACAUAUCACAACUACAGACGGAGAGACAGACAUUACAGGACCAGACAAACUCCCUCAGAACGACCAACGAGGAAAAUUCAUCCGUAAUGCGGGAUUUGCAGUUGGACAUUGAAAGAUUGACAACACAAUUCGAUCAAGCACAGACUGAGCUGGCUAACGUUAAAAACGAAAAUGAGGAUAAGUUAUCUACUAUGGAGGGUCUACAGCUGGACCUAGUGAAGCUGACGAGAAAACUCGAUGAAACCCAGGCUGAACUAAAUACUAUUAAAAAGAAAAACGAUGAAUAUGUUAGAGACAUAUCACAACUACAGACGGAGAAACAGACAUUACAGGACCAGACAAACUCCCUCAGAACGACCAACAAGGAGAACUCAUCCGUAAUGCGGGAUUUGCAGUUGGACAUUGAAAGAUUGACAACACAAUUCGAUCAAGCACAGACUGAGCUGGCUAACGUUAAAAACGAAAAUGAGGAUAAGUUAUCUACUAUGGAGGGUCUACAGCUGGACCUAGUGAAGCUGACGAGAAAACUCGAUGAAACCCAGGCUGAACUAAAUACUAUUAAAAAGAAAAACGAUGAAUAUGUUAGAGACAUAUCACAACUACAGACGGAGAAACAGACAUUACAGGACCAGACAAACUCCCUCAGAACGACCAACAAGGAGAACUCAUCCGUAAUGCGGGAUUUGCAGUUGGACAUUGAAAGAUUGACAACACAAUUCGAUCAAGCACAGACUGAGCUGGCUAACGUUAAAAACGAAAAUGAGGAUAAGUUAUCUACUAUGGAGGGUCUACAGCUGGACCUAGUGAAGCUGACGAGAAAACUCGGAUCAGACCAACUUCCUCACCAGGACCAAACAGGGACGUCCUUCACCAUGGAGAGUGAAACAGUCACAGUAAUUAGAGAACUAAGUGAUACAAUUGUGUUCUUAACGUAG